AUGCCGCCGCGCAAAAAGUAUGCCUUCCGCUGGACCUGCGGAGGCAUGACUGUAGUGACUGAUCCUUGCCGAGACGCCAUCAAAUGUCCCAUCAUCAUAGUCGAAGUGAUUAGAGCUGAUGGAAACAACACCGAUCUCAAGAACGGGAGAUUAACAAACAUGAAAUUACACCAAGUGAAAACAGCCUCAAGCUACCCUCUCUCACUUCAGCCCCCGGAUCACAAAACAGAAUCGGUUGGACCGACAGAGUAA